ACACAGAUCUGUAGCUGGAAACCAUACAGGUAUCCUGUCUCUGCUAUAUUACAGAGGCUAAGCAAAUGUGGCCUUUUUUAGUACUUUGAUGGGAGACCUGCUUGGAAACGUAUGUUGAUGCUGGAAAUGGUGGUGUUAGUGGCUGUCCAUUAAAAGGCACUCUCCUCUCUGGUCAGGAUAAUAUCAACCCCUAUUGCCUUUGUGAUGUCAUGAAUACAUUUAACUGCAGGAAAGGGCCUUUGAAUGCAACGGUGAAACAAACUCCUGACUCACUGUGAAAAUGAAAGAUUAGGGGGAUCCCUGAACCUCUCGCCAAAUUCCCAACAUGGCUACCUCACUCUCCACCUCAGGCUGGUGAGCAUUCUGGCACAUAAUGGCUGCAAUGCAUCACCCAGCUGGGCUCCUAGGCUGUAAUCAUCCAAGAGGUCCUAAAGAAGCUUCAUGUAAAAUGUGGUGCUUUUAUCACCUCGGUAACGGUAUGACUUAAUAUGUGCACUACCCAACUGGACUAUAGGAGGGCUCCACUGAGAGAUGACCAUGCCUCAGAGCCCCACGUCCAGCGAGGAGAUGGCCCAGAGCUUCUCCGACUGCUCUGCGGGGUCCGAGUCGGAGAGCUCCAGGGAGGAGCUCCAGCCCAUGCCGCGGCCCAGCAGCGGGCGUCUGGACCCGAGCACUGACUCGGACUCGCUGCUGAUCUGCUUGGUCAUACCCGACCUGCAGCAGUCUAAAUCCAUGCGCUUCAAAGCCGACGCCACAGUGUGGGUGGCAAAGCAGGAGAUCCUCUGCACCCUCACCCAGAGUCUGCGGGACGUGCUCAACUACGGGCUCUUCCGGCCGGCCGUGGACGGGCGCGAGAGCGGCUUCCUGGACGAGGAGCGGCUCCUCCGGGACCAUGUCCUGCCCACCAACAAGGGCAUCCCCACUCUGGAGUUUCGCUAUAAGAGCAGAGUCUACCAGCAGCCAAAUGUGGAUGAGAAGCAGAUAACAAAAUUGCACACUCAGGCAAACCUGCGGAAAUUCACGGACUACAUCCAACAGCAUCACCUGGACAAAGUUUCCAAGUUCCUGGAGAAGGGCCUGGACCCCAACUACCACGACUCAGAAUCGGGUGAGACACCCCUGACCCUUGCAGCUCAUCUGGACAACAUGGUGGAGAUCAUCACUGCUCUCAAACACGGAGGCGCUCACCUGGACUUCCGCUCCAGAGAUGGCAUGACCGCCCUCCACAAAGCUGUCCAGUCCAAGAACCAGAUCACACUGAAGGCUUUGCUGGAGCUGGGGGCCUCUCCAGACUAUAAGGACAGCCAGAGCCUGACGCCGCUCUAUCACACGGUGCUGGUGGGGGGCGACCCCAGCUGCUGUGAGCUGCUGCUGCGAGCCCGAGCCUCUGUCUCCUGCCACGACGAGAACGGCUGGCACGAAGUCCACCAGGCUUGCCGCUACGGCCAUGUGCAGCACCUGGAGCAUCUGCUGUUCUACGGUGCAGACAUGAGUGUGCAGAAUGCCUCGGGCAACACGGCCCUGCACAUCUGUGCUCUCUACAAACAGGAAAACUGUGCCAGAGUUUUGUUGGUGCGUGGAGCCAACAAGGAAGUCAAGAACCAUCGGGGACAAACCCCCUUUCAGGUGGCUAUUAUUGCUGGAAACUUUGAACUGGCAGAAUACAUCAAAAACCACAAAGAGGCUGACAUUGUGCCUUUCCGAGAGGCCCCGUCCCCGUCGGCGUGCACUACGAGCAGGCGUCCGGCGGUCCGGAGCACGCUGUCCGCCCCGCGCGUGCUGCUGCGCUCCAACAGCGACAACAACCUGCACGUGCAGCUGGGCCACCCCCAGCCGCACCGCCCGCGCUCCCGCUCGCCCUCGCCCUCGCCGGCCUCCCCGCUGCGCAGCCUCUCGCCCCGCCGCCCCGCGCAGCAGAUGCAGAGCAGCCCCAAUGGCACGGUGAAGACCAUGGGCAGGGGGGCCCAUGCCGCGCGCUCCCGCUCGCCCUCGCUGGGCCGCCUGGCCGCCGGGGACGCGCGCCGCCAGCAGAACCCCCCGCGCAAGACCAGCCCACGGCCCAGCAGGGAUGGCCUGUCCAGCGCAGAGACCCCCAUCUCCAAGCGCAAGAUGUACAGCGCUGUCCCAGGCAGACACCACGUAGUGGUGAAGUCUUACCAGCCACAGUCUGAGGGCGAGAUCACGCUGUACAAGAACGACCGAGUCAAAGUGCUGAGCAUUGGAGAAGGGGGCUUCUGGGAAGGCAGUGCGCGUGGGAACGUGGGAUGGUUCCCCGCAGAGUGUGUGGAGGAGAUCCCCAACAAGGCCAAUGAGGACCGACCCUAUUCCAGAGCUGACCGAUCAGAGAGAAGAAAGCUAUUUCGACAUUACACAGUGGGAUCUUAUGACAGCUUUGAUGCAUCAAGCGACUGUGUUAUUGACGAAAAGACGGUAGUGCUGCAGAAGAAGGAUAAUGAGGGAUUCGGGUUUGUGCUACGAGGGGCGAAAGCUGAUACCCCUAUCGAGGAGUUCACUCCGACCCCAGCCUUCCCUGCCCUGCAGUACCUGGAGUCUGUGGAUGAAGGUGGGGUGGCCUGGCAGGCAGGACUGCGCACCGGGGACUUUCUCAUUGAGGUGAACCAGGAGAACGUGGUCAAAGUGGGCCACAAGCAGGUGGUGAACAUGAUUCGGCACGGCACCAACCACCUGGUCAUCAAAGUGGUGACGGUCAGCAGGAAUCUGGACCCAGAUGACACGGCGAGGAAAAAAGUGCCCCCACCUCCCAGGAGGGCUCCCUCCACGGCGCUCUCCAUGCGGUCUAAGUCCAUGACCUCUGAGCUGGAAGACAUGGUUGAACAAGGUGCCACUUUGAGGAAAAAGAGGGGUGAUGCUCAGCCUUCUAAUAUUGAGGGUCUGAAGAAGAGGAUUGUAUUUCAAGUCACACUAAAUAAGGUGGACGAAAUAAUACCCACUCAGAAGCCCCCGUGGGAUAAUUCAACGAUUGACACAAGGGUCGCUGCGGUCAAACCAAGGCCAACCAGCAGAUGCUUUGCUGUGGCCCCUGAGAUGAAUUCUUUGUGCAAUAGCCAGGAUGUGGCAGUUGCCUCCCCUCCAGUGCCUGGAAGUCCCCGAGCAGGCUACCUGGAUGUGCCGAGAGCAACUAUGAGGCGGCAGACAUCUAUAGGUGUGACUGAAGAGGAGAAACAGUUUCUUACACCUCCAGUGCUGAAAUUUACCAGAAGCCUUUCUAUGCCGGACACAUCGGAGGACAUUCCGCCUCCACCAGCCAUCUCCCCACCUUCCCCUCCGUACAACAAUGGCAACAACCCUCCCACCCCCAACCGGGCCUACGGCACCAUCCGGGCCGGGUUCACCCAGGGCCCGGCCUCCAACAGCACGGCCCCCGAGAGAGGAGACGCGGGCAUGGGGUCAGCGUGGAGGGAGCAGGGCCCAUUCUAUAGGGACAGUCCAGAGCACUUCCAGACAGGGGACUUCAACCACUCGGGCCCCACGGCUCAGCAGAGCCUCCACAUGAGGCGAGCCCAGGUGCCUGAGAACCCCUACUCGGACAUGAGCAAGAACCACCCGAGCCUGUUUGCACCGAACAAGCCGAUGCGGAGGAAGGGCAUGCUGGUCAAGCAGCCCAACGUGGAGGACAGCCCGGAGAAGACCUGCACCAUCUCCAUCCCCACCAUCAUCAUCAAGGAGCCGUCCACCAGCAGCAGUGGCAAGAGCAGCCAGGGCAGCAGCAUGGAGAUCGAGACGGGCGUCCAGGACCACCCGGGCCAGCUGCGGCCCGACGACCUCGGCCCCAGCAACCCGUUCGCGACUGCCAUCGUGCACCGGCGUGAGAAACGGCUGGAGAUCCACAGGAACUCCCCGUCCUUCCGCUCCACGGAUUUGGCCGACGACGACUCGCCCGCCCCAACUCCGGCCCCGCGACUGCGGCACUCCAAGUCCAUCGACGAGGGCAUGUUCAGCAGCGACGAGCGCCUGCGGCGGCUCAUGGCGCCGCCCACCUCCCUCCUGAGCAUCCCGCGGGGCGGCGGGUCCGGCGGAGGCAACGUGACGGACUUCAACAGCCCCGAGCCCACCAUGGUGCGCGAGGUGCUCAACACGCGCACGGGCCACCACAGCCCCAUCAGCCUGCCCGCCAACAAGACCUACAACGUGGGCGGCGGCAACUACGUGCACCCGGUCACAGGGAAACCCCUGGACCCGAACUCGCCGCUAGCCCUGGCGCUCGCUGCCCGCGACCGUGCCAUGAGGGAGCAGUCGCAGCCGCUCCCGCUCAAGAGCGACCUGUCCAAGCCCGACCUCAACAAGCCCUUAUUCAUCGACACCAAGCUGCGGUCGAACGUGGCGGUGAGCUUCUCAGCCACGGCUACCAUGGGUCGGCCUGGGAGAUCGGCCCUGCGCCGGCAGAUGACGGAGGCCAAGUACGAGACCGAGUCCAAGCAUGCGUACAGCAUGCAGGACGGACUCCAUCUGGGCGGCAAGGAGGAGAAGAGGCCGGAGGAGAAGAAGAACAUGCUCAUCGACAUCGUGGACACGUCGCAGCAGAAGUCAGCCGGACUCCUGAUGGUGCACACCACAGAUGGUGCCAAGAAGGACAGCAACAGCCUGUCCGAUGGAGAGCGCGAGGAGGGCGUCAGCUCGGACAGUGCCCCCGGCGAGCUCCGCGAUCCCAACCAGCCGGCCGCCCCCACCCACCCUGUCAUGCCCAAAUCUCUCUCUGCCAACCCUCCCCACGGGAAGACCAUCAUCACCAUCAGCUCUGUGGACGAGCCGGUCAAGCUGCCCUUCGGCAUCCCUCCCCCUCCCCUGGCGUCAGUUGACAUCGAUGAGGAGUUUCCAUUCACUGACCCUCUUCCUCCCCCACUUGAGUUUGCCAACAGUUUCGACAUCCCCGAGGACCAGGCGGCUUUGGCCGAGCUGCUCAAGCAGAAGGCCAAUGGCACGAGAGGAUCCUCGCUCACCCCCUUUUACUCACAGCUCUCCGCAGGGAACGCCGAGAUCAAGAGGCCCGCGGUGCUCACCAAUUGCACCCCGCCCAGUUUCCCGCCGAUGGACACGUACGAGCCAAUCACCGAUUCGGGCAUCGAGGUGGACAGUCGGAGCAGCGGGGACCCCCAGUUGGAGACAACCAGCACGGUCUCCACCGUGUCCAGCAUCUCCACCCUGUCGUCGGAGGGAGGCGAGACUCUGGACACAUGCACGGUCUAUGCAGAUGGACAGGCCUUCUUGGUGGACCGGCCCCAGGCCAUGUCCAAGCCAAAGCUCAAGCCCAUCCUCAAUAAAAAUGCACUUUACAAAGAGGAGGAGAGCAUGAGCCCUUUCAGGGUGCCCAGCUCCAUCCCGCCCCCACCCUCCAACCCCGCGCCCCCGGAGCCCCCCAAAACACCGACCCAGCGAACCUCAAAGCUCUGGGGCGACCCUGGCGACCUGAAGAGCCCCCACGCGUCCGACCUCAAGCCCCACCACGGCAUGGGCGAGCUGAACUCCGCCCUGCAGCACAUGAACAAGGACAAAACGCCAAAGCCAGGGGAGGCGUUAGACUCUCCCACGGGAUCCAGGACUCACUUUGAAAGCAGGAAUCCAGACGGUCUGUCCCUUGUCUCAGGUACACAGCAGAACACCACGGUCACUUUCUCCACCCAGCCCGGCCCCAAUGUGCCUCCAAACUCCACUGCCACCCCGCCCUCGAGCCUGCCCCCCUCCCACCACCACCCGCACCAUGCACUCCCGCACCACCACCACCACCACCACGGCCCCAACCCCAUCAUGUCCCCGCCGGACUCGGGCCUUGGCUGCACCUCCUCGUCCCUGCCGCCGUCCGCCACCUCGCCCACCAUGACAGACGUGUUCGGCCUGCCCACGCCGCCGCUCAGCCUGGGCACGGGUCGCAGUCGCUCGCCAUCGCCGCUCACGCUCAUCCAGGCGCCCUCCAACAAGCCCUUCGCCACCAAGCCCGUCGUCAUGUGGACCAAGCAUGAUGUGGCCGACUGGCUGGAGAGCCUGAACCUGGGCGAGCACCGGGACGCCUUCAUGGAGAACGACAUCGAGGGCAGCCACCUGCCCAACCUACAGAAGGAAGAUCUGAUAGACCUGGGGGUGACGCGGGUGGGCCACCGCAUGAACAUUGAGCGAGCAUUGAAAGUGCUCUUAGACAGAUGAGAAUAGGCUCGGCUCUUUGCAACGACAUCAGAACUCCAUAAGGCUACCAUUUUCUUUUUAUCUUUUGUUGAAGUUCUCUUGCUUUUGAUGUUUGGCUUCCUUCUCCCUUUUUUUCUUUUUUUUUUGAGGGCUGGGGGGGGGGGGGGCGGGGUGAUGUUUUUGGACCGUAGGACUACACAUAUCCUGAAGAAACUGUGUUGACUUCGGAAACAGCAGUUCCCACACAAGCACAAAAGUCCUCUCUGGAAGUGAGCUAUCAGUCGAGUGAGGCCUGAUCGAGGACCCGGGGCAUCCCACACACACUGCAUGGGAUACAAGAGACAAGGAUCACAAAUUCUUGCAACGUCAAUGUCUUCUGGGAACUAAAUCAUUUGAAGACAACAAAAAGCCAGCUGAGCUGGAGAUACAGUUUCUAUCUUUGCUAGAAAUAUUUCUUCAGGACAAAAUGGAAUAUUGAUGUAUGUUGUCUGUCAGAUCCCUAUGAAAUAUCUUGCUUUUUUUCCUUCUUCACCUUUUCUCUGGAAAGUAGAUGAGACUAAAAUACGAUGUGUUUCAUGGAAAUCGUCUCCCUCAGUUCACCUGCAGAUGGUCCAGGGUUGGGCAUUCUCACUUGGAAAAGAGGUCACCUGUACUUGCACCUGUUUUGUUAACCGUAGCAAACUGCAGCACGUUCAUUGGCUGUCUGUUCUCUCCACAGUGUUACAGUGUAUUUGGGUUUGCUGAAAAUGAUUUUUUAAUCACAAAAGAAAAAAACAUGUGAACUGUUUCAUUUGGUCUUCCACACAGUGAAGGUCGUUUAGUGUAUCUCAGAUUAUUUGACCCUAUUUUCUGACUUUAAUACCUGGUAGUUGUAUUUAUGGUUUAUCCAUUGUAUUCUACUUUCAGCACACUAAUGAGAUGGAAUGCUAGCGCAUUGUGUUUUGGAGAUCCCCGCAACAGACACAGACUAGGACAUGAAAAAAACAGUAUCUGAAAAGUGAGAUAAUGAAUCCCAGUUGGCUCUGAAAUAGGUAUACACAAAUCACAAGUAAGUUGAUAUUUUAAGGAUUGGAUCCUUUGAAUUAAAGUGAGCAGUUAGCAUAGUUAGCCAUUCAUUUCUGAUAGGCAUAUUUGUGCUGGAAUGGAAUCGGGAAAACAACAAUCUCUACACUCAGGGUUUCAUGGAGAAUCUAUUUCUUGUUUUGUAAGCAUUGUCUUGCAAGGCAGACAAGGUUUUGACUUUCUGAAUGUUUUGCCUUUGUUGUAACUUUGAGAGAUCUUGCCCAAUGUAUUUUUUUUUGUACAAUACCUGGGCAGAAGAAUUCUUCCUCAGAAAGCACAGUGAGAAGACCAUUGAAUUCUGUUUGACACACACAUAUACCAAGCUAUUGAAACUUUUUUAAAAGAUAGGGCCUCUUCAUAGCUGAGUACACUCACCUCUGUUUAUUCACACCUUUCACAUCUAAGUGUCAUAAUCUCUAGCGAAAUACAGCAUUAUAUUUAGACAUUUUCUUAAUUUGUCUGUUUAAGUGAAAGCAUGUGUCCUCACUGAGUAGGGACGAAAAAAUCUUGUCACUGAAAUUUACUCACAGUACUGUGCAAAACUUUUAUGCAUUUUUACUUUUUUUCCUUCUACAUUAGUGUCUAUAUAUUUACAUUUUCAAACAUUUAUGUAUGCACUUUGUAUUUUGUUGGUUGACAAGUAAAAAACAUUCAUGUUAUUUUGAAAGUGCCGUCUUCACUUUACUUGUUUCAUUUGUUUCAAGUGCGGGUAAAAUUUUUGCACAGUACUGAAUUAUCCUUGAAAUUUAGAUUGAUGGAUGUUGUUGACUGCCUCAAUUAAAUGCUAGUUUGUUGGGGGGGGGGGGGGGGGGGGACGGACAUCCAUUAACCAUUAACACAUUUUCUCUUUCUUAAUUUUAGUUAAUCCAAGUGGAGAUAAGAAGAUGUUUACUGUACCAGUUUCUAAUUGUCAAAAGACAUCACAUUUGUAUUGAAUCAUCUAAAAUGUCAGUGACAGGUGAUGUAUAUUUUAGCAUUCUUGGACCUGCUGGUGGCUGGGUGGUGAAACAGUAUGUAAACAGUGAAUAGGAUACAGUUACUUUGUGCGGGAAUGAUAUAGAGUUGGCAAAUGUUGUGGAUUUAUUGAGACCCUCUUGCAUCUAGCUUUGUAUGAGUCGUGUGUGGUUUGAACUGAGGGAGAAUGUCAGGUGUUGAUUUAAUUGAUGGUUGAUGUUAAUUAUUUAAUCAUGGCCCCCAAAGCUGUAGGGAGAUGCAUAAUACUGUUGCUAAUACCUAUUAUAGAGGAGUUAGAGUUAUAUCAUCUCAGUAUAUCUUAUUUUAAGAGACAUAGGAAAAUGCACAGUAUUUUAAUUAUAGAGAUAUUUAUUAAAUAUUUAUUAUGUUUUAAUGACAUUAACUCUCAUCUGUGGUGUGCCAAAACUAUAUGUGGUAUCAGCUAAGAAGCAAUACAAACUGUUCAGAAACCACCAUCAUAACUCCAUUCAGUCUAAAUAGACUCUUGAAAAUCAUAUUCUGUAGAGCUUGGUGAUCUAGAAUAAUACUUGAUAUUUGAGUUAUCGCUGUCACCUGCUUCUUUUAGAUACUGCAAUUAAAUACAGAAAAAUAAAAUGGCAUAGUUUUGUAUUUUGUGUGUAAAUGACGAGACACAGAUAGACUUGGAGUCUUGCACAGUAGUUCCAGGCCACCUUGACACUGUAUUAUAAGAAGAGUUUUCACAUGAAUGCAACAGAUGUGUGUGAUAAUGAAAAUAAAAGUAAAUAGCAGUGUUGGUGUUUCCAGAUUCUGAUUAAAGAUGUUUUAUAGUUCCUUGAGCAAAGUUCGAACCAACAUUUUUGAAGAUGUAUAUUUCAAGAUCAGUAAGGAUGAAUGCAGAACAAUGAAUGGGUAGGAUUACUUUGCCCCUGGUUACAUACCAAGAAAAUCCUGUUUGAUUACAUUUUUGGUUUAUUUCUCAUUUCUACUUCAUUGAAAGGUCUCUCUCUCACUCUCCUGUGGGGAAUGCAUUCACUUGAUCUAUGUUGCUGUAAUUUUGUGCUACAUUUAUUUGAGGGUAAAUAAUUAAGAUCAAAGAGAGACAUUUCUGUGACUGCACUUUUCUUCUGAAUCCUCAAUACUCAUGUAUGGAAACCAAAAUUUACUGGAAGAAAAUAAAUGAUAUUGCACAAUA